UAUCAGGCUGCUAAAAAGCUCAAGGAGGCGACCAUUUCCUAAUAAUACUGAACAUUUAACAUUGGCCAAACUCAUAAUGGCUAGUUAUUCCAUCUACCAGAAUGCCAACUUCCAGUCAUUUGUUAGGAUGAAUUAUUAUAUCCCACCUGAGAAGAGAAAAUUCGACGACAUCAAAAGAAAAGCAGAAAUACAGCAUUCUAUUGAAGUGAGUCGAAGAUCCAAGAGUGCCACAGUGUAUGCUGGGGAAUACAGAGGAAAAGAAGUGGAUGAAACAUCUCAAGCAACGAAGAGACCAAUCUCUCCCACCAGGAUGAACAAACCCCACCCACCAGAAAUAUUUUUGGUAACCAGUCUUCAUAACCUACCAGGACACUACCAUUGUGAAAAAGCAGUUUCUUCAGAAACAGGCAAUGGAUUUAUAACCUCAAGGAAACACACUGAACGUGUAAUGGGUGCAAACAUAUAUAAGGUGGAAAUAUUCCGUGAUUCAAGAACCAAUCUGGCAGCCCAGGCAUUUAUGAAGCUUGCUAGUGAAAAAGACUGUGAGGCCAUUGAGAAAAUGGUGGCGUUUAUAACUGAGGCAAACAACAGAAGAGUCGAUGAGAAUAAUGGAAGAAGCCAAGUCUGUCAGACACUAAACCAAUAUGUUAAACCUGAAUAUUUGUCCUCGGCACACCAAUGGUUAUUGAAGGCUGGGAAAGAAGAAAGAGCUGCAGUUGAGAGACUACUGAAAACUCUAUCUACAACUCCACAAAUCCCAAGAAUGAAAGAGAAAACUGAGUCCACCUCACGUGUCAGGAGAGCACACAGAUCAGAAUAUGCCAUCCACCCUGAAUGGAGGAUACAGCCCUAGUCUGCUAGAUUCUUUUGUAACUAUGAAUUAGCAUUACAUCUCCACUUUACUCUUAUGUUUUACUCACCCUGUGACCAUUAUAGGUGCAGGGUGUGUGUAAUGUAAUUGUUUAUUGCUAAAUGUUUUGUGUGCUCUUCUGUCCUGCUGAUGCUCUCAAACAACUAGGUGGACUUGGCUGUGGAGCCAGUACAGCGCCAUCUGUUGGUUGUGAAAAUCUUUUAACUAUAAAACUAUAUGCCCUACCUGUAUAGCAAAGCUUGUUAAUUUGCAUAUUCGAGUAGAUUAGCGUAUUUUGGUUUUUGCAGGCAGGGGAGAUAUUUUGUGCUAGUUAUUGUCUUCCCCACACAGUUUUAAAUGUUAUUAUGUGUUCCUGUAUAUUUCCCCUUAUGAUCUGGUUAUUUGUCUUGGAUUGAGUUUGUCACCGUACAUUUGAUGUAAUGUGCAUAUGGGCUAGUCCUAAGUAAAAAUAAAGUGGAGUGUUUUUGUUCCAUUGGGA